AUGAAGCGCAGCCGUCUUCAAUUCGAGGCCAAUGGUGAUGUUUCAUCGGCUGCCUCCCCGCAAGGCCCGCCAGGAACCCGCCCGGUCCCUACCCCGGAAACCGACUACCAACAGAGCCCCAGACAUGUCCCCAAAAUCUCCCGCCGGAUACGAGCCUGCACUGAGUGCAAGCGCCAUAAGGUUCGCUGUGAUCUCAGUGCGGGGGAGUCCAUCUGCCAGAGAUGUCACCGCAUGGGUUUGGAAUGCGUCGUGAACAAGAGUCUUCAGACCUUGUUGGACGACGAAACAGAAUGGAAGGCAACCAUCGAGCUCGCAAUGGCAGACCUGCUCCGCAAGGCUCAACUACCGGAUCUCGCAUCCUACCAAACCGCUGGCAAGUCAUCGGAGACGCCGUCCAAGAAGAGGGACCGCCAGUAUUCCACCGUUUCAUCAGAGGAUACGCCUCUUCCGACGGGUCACGAUGCGGGACAAGAGCCCCCCGGGACCAGUGCACAAAGAGUCGCCAAUGAAUCUGGCGCGUCCGAUGUGGCAUUCCGACAAGCCUCACAAUAUGCUCUUGACAGGGAGGAGAACGGAACAUCCUCACUGGUCACUGCCCCAAUGGGGAGCCUCUACGAAGUGACCCAGUUGAGUGACAUCCAAACAAACUCACCGGGGAGACACCAUGCUCCCGAUCGGGCUCUUGUCAGCGAUUUCGUCUCGCGAGGACUAGUAGACAUACGCGAAGCAGAGGAGCUGUUCUCGUACUUUGAUCACGUACUUAGCCGUUAUCUUUGGGACGGUAUAUUACUGGAUCACAAGGACCUUACGUCGGUGCGGAACUCGUCCUCGAUGCUCUCCGCCGCCAUCCUGGCUGUGACGGCCCUUCACAUGCCUCAGAAGGAACGGACCUUCGAUACCUGCUACACGGAGUUCGCUAGAUUGGCAUCCGAGUCAAUGCUUGAUCGACACCAUACCAUGGAUGACUUGCGUGCUUUGUGUAUAGGUGCUUUUUGGCUUGCAGAUGUCAGCUGGAAGCUAUCUGGGUAUGCGGUCCGCAUUGCCACAGAGCGCAAUUUGCACCAGUCCUACCGAAAAGCCAUCCAGGGCUCACCGGAGCAUAUUGAGCAAGCUAGGCUGUGGUAUCUUCUUUAUACCCUAGAGCAUCACUUUUCUAUCGCCUACGGUCGACCACCUAUAAUCCACGAGGACCAAAGUAUCACGAACCACAAUACAUUUACCCUGAACCCGAACGUGCAGCAAGGCGAUCUGCGCCUGCACAGCCAGGUUGAUUUAUUUAUCAUUCUUACCCGAAUAUACCAUGCCUUUGGGCCCGAUGUUGACCUGGAGGUCCCCGACAGCGAAUUCUCAACUAUCGAGAAAUUCGACACCGAUCUCGAUAACUGGCGGUCUGCCUGGUAUCCUCGCUUAGUUGGGAGUCGAUAUGUUGGCGCGUAUCCGUAUAGAGCCGUCCACCUGCACUAUCACUUUUCUCGCCUACAGUUAAACUCGGUUGCUUUGCGGACUUACCACUCUUCUAUCUCUACGCGCCCUAUGUCCUCUGAGCGCAAGAAGCGAGCCAACCUGGCUAUUCAGUCCGCCAUCGAUACGCUUUUGGUCGUUUUGGAUGAGCCCGAUAUCCAGAGGGCUUUGGUCGGUGUUCCAUUGUACCUGCACAGCAUGAUCACCUUUGCCGCUGUUUUCCUGUUGAAGAUCGCAGCCAAGGGCUGCUCAAUCAACACCCCCGGUGGCCAGCACAACUCGAUUGCGUCUGCCGGCCUACAGAUCAACGUCAUGUACGUGCGCGUGCUGGUGGGGCGGAUUGUCGAGAUGAUGGUUUCCUGCAGCAAGCGCGCCAGCGAGCAUCAUCUGAGUCACCAUAUAGCGCGUGGCCUAAAGAAGAUGCUGACAGGGCUCGAAGAAUGGGAGAAAAGGAGUUCCGGCAACCAGCAAUCGCUUGGACACGGCUCCAGCGACAACCCGUCCAUGUUCAAACCCAUUAUCAUCCCCGGCGCCCAGUCCCUGGGCGAAGGCGAUACCAUUCUCAACCAUCCCCCCCCAAUGUUAGGAGUAGCGCCUCUGUCUGCCGAGAGGGGCAAUGGCUUUGAUGCGGAAGCAGCGCAGGGGAAACAGCAGCCCGGACUCUCCGAAGGCUCCGCCGACCCUAUGAUGGCCGAUCUUUGGGGAUUUGACGAGGACUACUUUCCGACAGGGGUUUUCGAUUUCCUUCAGUCUCAAAUGCCUGCUUGAUGCAUGGCCGGCUUCUCCUCUCCAUGGAGCGUUUGUGGGUGAUGCAGAUAUCGGACAAAUGAAGAGAUUCACGCCGAACGACCGCUCUCCUCACAUAAUAAUACGAGCGAAUACCGGGGCUUCUGACACCGGGCGGGAAUCAUCCCGGGGCACUUCAUUGAGGGUCGACGCAGGCCUGGGUCGUCGACUGGCAGUUGGUACAUUGAUGGCUCCAUCUUGGUCAACUCCUUGCAAUCGCCCGAUGAAGAAAUUAAUCCAGAAGAGCUUCUUGCGACAGGGGGGGGGGGGAUAGUACAAUAGAGGUGGCCAUGUCUUGUCCCCACCUGCUGAGCUUGGGGGCUCCCAAGACACCAUCGACGAAGAUAUGUGCAGUUAUAUAAAUAAUGAGAAAUGCCAGAGCAAUACGGGAAUUCACCAUCAAGUCAUCGUCUUUCCAGUGAAACGUAGGGUCUGGAAUUAACAUGGGCAUUGAUUGGCAUUGGGCCGCCUCG